UUGUUCUCAUGGCAAGACAAACUGGGUAACAUCCGCCCUAUGGUGAAGCAGCACGCACUCAAGCACAUCAACUGUGUAAUCGCAGCUUGGGGAUGGGGAACCACAUUCAGACACUCUUUCCACAUAGGAGGAGCCUCAUUCUACCUUGCACAGAAAGUGGACCCUGAAAUAGUGCACCUAGCCGGGCGUUGGCGG